GUUAGGUUAAAAAUAAAAUAAAAUGUUGCAUUCUGGGCGUUGUUGUUUACUGUGGAAGUCUGUCACGACGAAAAACUUUGCUUUACGGCAUCUGCCUGACCCGCAAACGCGCAGGCGCAGUCUGUGUUGACCUUCCGUGGUUUCAAAACGAGCAUGGCAACCCGGGCAUUGGCGAAAGGACUUCUCGGUCUACGACACCCACGGGCUGUUACGAUCGGAUACCCCUGUGUGGGACAUCAGUAUGUCACUGCAGCGUCCGUUAAAUCACCUGAACCCGCGGUUGAUGAUGUUAUGGAUAAAAUAAUGAACUAUCCGCUCCAGAAGCCGGACUUCUUCCGUGUGUCCGAGCUCUUCUCCAUGAAAGACCUGUUUGACGCUCGAGUGCAUCUUGGUCACAAAAAAGGCUGCAGGCACAGGCUCAUGGAGCCUUAUCUCUAUGGCAGUCGCUUUGACUACGACAUAUUUGACCUCGACAAGACGAUGGAGUGUCUGCAGGAUGCCCUGAACUUUACCGCCCAUGUAGCGUAUCGCGGCGGCAUCAUACUCUUCGUGAACCGCCGCCGUCAGUUCGGCCACCUGGUGGAGAGCACUGCGAAGGAGUGUGGGGAGUACGCGCACACGCGGUACUGGCACGGCGGCCUCCUCACCAACGCCAACAUCCAGUACGGCCCAGGAGUCCGCCUCCCGGACCUCAUCGUCUUCCUUUCCACCCUCAAUAACGUGUUUCAGCAACACGUGGGCGUCAGAGAUGCAGCGAAGGUGAACAUUCCCACAGUGGGCGUGGUGGACUCGAACUCCAACCCCAGCCUGGUGACGUACCCUGUGCCCGGUAAUGACGACACUCCGGUUUCCAUGGAGCUCUAUUGUCGCUUAUUCAAGAUGACGAUCAACCGGGCCAAAGACAAACGCAGACAGAUGGAGCUCCUCCAUGGCCUGACGGCGCCCUCCACGCCAAGCUCGUGACGUACUGCAAUCCUAAAUAAGAGACUUUGAAUAAUUGUCUGUUGCUUCUCUUCAUCAUAUAUAUAUGCACUUGGAAAACAUUUCAUCUGAGGGGAGUUCAGUCAAUGCAGAGGCUGUGUACACGUUACUCAUCUGUAACAUAAGGUUAAAUUGUUAUUUAACGUUUUUCUUACGUAAGACUGCAUCAAAGCAUAAAAAUGCAUCGAAGUCAUGUUGCAGCAGAUUUGCCUACAUAUGUCUAUUGUGCACCUCUCGUGUCACAGUCACUAUAUUUACAUGGACUGCAAAUACGUUAAUCUUGACUGUUUUGUCAGUUUUAUUUGUAAUUUGUUUUAAUAUCUCAGACAUUCAUAUAGAUUUUUCUGCUGUUCUGUCACUAUGGUGCACCCUUAAAGUUUGGCUAGUAAGAGUUAAAUUUACAUCAAUUCAUGGGAGUGCAUCCAAACAGUAACAGUUUGAAAACACUUGUUUUAGAUGUACACAAAUUCCCAACAUAACUGACAAAAUGUCUUCAACUGGAGACAUGAAUAGUUGCAGAGUGAAUGUAACUCGACUGAUAGAAAGGCUAAUUGUUACAACUCUUGCAGUCUAUGUUAAUAUGGUGUCUAGAUAUAAUUUAGUGUUGUCUUCUCUUGAGAAAAAUGUGUGCAAAAUAUCAGCUGUGUACGAUACAACUCAUUAAAGUUAUAUUAAAAGCA